AUGGAUAAGCGAGCACCUUACAAAGCUCGCAUUGCCAGAUCGUUUCCCCUUCACGAGAUGGGAGACUACGAGACCUUGGAACUGAUCCACCGACUAUCCUUGCAAGAUGCACAAGAGCGCAAGGCCACAUUGGAUAGGGCCUACCCAAGAACGGGCUUAACAGACGAGCGGCUAGCUCUUGAAGUGCAUACAAAGGAGCUCAAUCAAUCGCUUCAGCGAGUGGUCGAUGCGAAAGUUGUUCGACGCCUCAACCCUACACCAGUCGAUAGCCAACGUAAGGAUGUGGGGAAUGUGGAGAUAAAGGACCGUAAAACAGCCCCUGAAUCGGCAGUACCGCCCAUCAGGCCCAAGGCUGCACCCGUAAGGGGAACCGCGUCUCGCGGAAGGGGUCGAGGGGGCAAGGUUGCAGCAAAUGCUGAGAUGAUUAAUCAAACACUACAGCAGGCCGACAAAGCCCAGUGCGCCGUCGCCUACAGUGGACUGCGUGGGUUGCCAUGA